CUCGCACGCGCGGGCCCUGGGUGACAGCCGCGCGCCUUGGCCAGCUCUUUUAGGAUCUGAGUGUUGAGAUAUGUCCCCACCGAGGCACCCCACGACCACAGACAGGCGGUUAGCAUGGCUGAGAAACUAGACCUGCACGGAGGAGGGCCUGCAGAAAUGGGUUUCUGGCUGAGUCCUACGCAGUCAGUGGCAGCAAGGAGGAGAGGCCUAGGCGUCUGGAGCAAGGCUGAGACGGAGCAGUUCUGGAGUGUGUGAACAGGCCGGAGCCCUACCCGCCUGGCCCAUCAUGGUCCAGAGGCUGUGGGUGAGCCGCCUGCUGCGGCAUCGGAAAGCCCAGCUCCUGCUGGUCAAUCUGCUGACCUUCGGCCUGGAGGUGUGCCUGGCUGCAGGUAUCACCUACGUGCCACCCGUGCUGUUGGAAGUGGGGGUAGAGGAGAAGUUCAUGACCAUGGUGCUGGGCAUCGGUCCAGUGCUGGGUCUGGUCUCGGUCCCACUCCUAGGCUCAGCCAGCGACCACUGGCGUGGGCGCUAUGGUCGCCGGAGGCCCUUCAUCUGGGCCCUGUCCCUGGGUGUCCUGCUGAGCCUCUUCCUCAUCCCGAGGGCCGGCCGGCUGGCGGGGCUGCUGUGCCCGGACACCAGGCCCCUGGAGCUGGCACUGCUGAUCCUGGGCGUGGGGCUGCUGGACUUCUGCGGCCAGGUGUGCUUCACUCCGCUGGAGGCCCUCCUCUCUGACCUCUUCCGGGACCCAGACCACUGUCGCCAGGCGUUCUCCGUCUACGCCUUCAUGAUCAGCCUGGGGGGCUGCCUGGGCUACCUUCUGCCUGCCAUCGACUGGGAUGCCAGUGCCCUGGCCCCCUACCUGGGCACCCAGGAAGAGUGCCUCUUUGGCCUCCUCACUCUCAUCUUCCUCACUUGCGUGGCAGCCACACUGUUUGUGGCUGAGGAGGCAGCGCUGGGCCCAGCCGAGCCAGUGGAAGGGCUGUCGGUCCCCUCUGUACCACCCCACUGCUGCCCGUGCCACGCCCGCCUGGCUUUCUGGAACCUGCGCGCCCUCUUUCCCCGGCUGCACCAGCUCUGUUGCCGCAUGCCUCGCACCCUACGCCGACUCUUCGUGGCCGAGCUGUGCAGUUGGAUGGCAUUCAUGACCUUCACACUGUUUUACACAGACUUUGUGGGCGAGGGGCUGUACCAGGGUGUGCCCAGGGCUGAGCCAGGCACCGAGGCCCGGAGACACUAUGAUGAAGGGGUCCGGAUGGGCAGCCUGGGGCUGUUCCUGCAGUGUGCCAUCUCCCUGCUCUUCUCUCUGGUCAUGGACCGGCUGGUGCAGCGAUUCGGCACCCGGGCAGUCUAUCUGGCCAGCGUGGUGGCUUUCCCUGUGGCUGCCGGUGCCACGUGCCUGUCCCGCAGCGUGGUGGUGGUGACCGCUUCAGCUGCCCUCACUGGGUUCACCUUCUCUGCCCUGCAGAUCCUGCCGUACACGCUAGCGUCCCUCUACCACCGGGAGAAGCAGGUUUUCCUGCCCAAAUACCGCGGAGAUGCUGGAGGUGGUGCCAGUGAGGACAGCCUGAUGACCAGCUUCUCGCCGGGCCCUAAGGCCGGAUCUCCCUUCCCCAGUGGACACGCGGGUGCUGGAGGCAGCGGCCUGCCCCCUCCUCCACCUGCACUCUGCGGGGCCUCUGCCUGCGAUGUCUCCAUGCGUGCAGUGGUGGGCGAGCCACCGGAGGCCAGGGUUGUCCCGGGCCGAGGCAUCUGCCUGGACCUUGCCGUCCUGGACAGUGCCUUCCUGCUGUCCCAGGUGGCCCCGUCUCUGUUUAUGGGCUCCAUUGUUCAGCUCAGCCAGUCUGUCACUGCCUAUAUGGUGUCGGCUGCAGGUCUGGGUCUGGUUGCCAUUUACUUUGUCACACGGGUGGUAUUUGACAAGAGCGACUUGGCCAAAUACUCUGUGUAGAGUACUUCCAACCCACUGAGGGAGGACCUGCCUCACUGGGUCCCAGCUCUGCCUAUUGCAGUCUCCCCGUUGGCCCGGUAGGGCUGGGGGCUGGGGGGCCUUCCAGUUUCUAUUGGGGGCCUUCCAGUUUCUAUUGCUGCCAAAGUGAUGUGGCUCUCUGCUGCCUCCCUGUGGCAGUGAGGUGUGUAGCUGCACAAGCAGGGGACUGGGGCUUCUUCCCUCCCACCCCUCCUCAGUCUUUAGGGCUGGCUGACUGGAAGCUCUCCAGAAGGCUUCAGUCUGGACUUCCACAAGGAGAGAAGGGCAGGGCAUUUAAUUAACUGUGCACUGGAAUGCAGGACUCUGCCGGGGGAUCACCCAGGCUCAGAGUUAACAGCUAGUGUCCUGGUUGAGAAAUACCCAGAGAAGGGAUUUGGGGAGCUGAGUAAACUCAGCCACCUGGUCUCCUACAACCAAGGCCUCUUAUCCCAUAGGUUCUCCCAGUAUCGCUCUUGCAUGGGAGUUUCUAAUGUGAAACGCUCCUCUACAGGAUUUGAAAGUAUGAAAGUUACUGGGGGACGCGGUCCCGAGGGGAGAAGGGAAGCUGCCUAGCCCCACAGCGCCACCUCUCUCCUGUUCCCUCUCCCCUGCCUUUUAUUAGGACUUGGCUUGUUGGCCCCUGUGUUGCCAUCACAGGGACAUCGGUUUUUAAAUAUUUAACUUAUUUAUUUAAGUAGAAGGGGAAUCAAGGUGUUUAGGGGUUGGGUAGGAUGAGAUCCCUAAUGACUAGGUCCCCUGAGACGAUUGGUUAUUGGGCUGAGAAUUGUCAGAAUCUCCUUAUCCUGGAGUGAUUGGUCUGGCCCCAGAACUGCCUAACCCUGAGCCUGGAAGCUCUGCUUACCCCAACUGAUAUCCCAAAUCCUGUUACCCAAGGCGGGGAGGGCUGGGGAAAGGUGAAGGGUGGGGCUUCAGGUCUCAGCAGCCUCCGUAGCCUCCCCUCCCCUCUUGGCCCUGCCAUCCCCGCCAGCUCCCCUCUGCUCCCUCUAGGACUGGGCUGAUGAAGGAGCUGCCCAACCCCACCUUUCCCCACUGGCUCCACAGCCCGCUCCUUGGGGCUGUUUUGGGACCAGAAGCACAGAGUGUGGCUCCUUGAGCCUUUAUCCGUCUCAGCCCCCAGGGCAUAUCUGUGCUUGGGGAAUCUAGCACCAGAAACUCAGGAGCACCCCCUGCCUGGGCUAAGGAGGUCUUAUCUCCAGGGGCUUUAAGUGCCGUUUGCAAUAAUGUUUUGUCUUAUUUAUUUAGUGGAGUAAAUAUUUUAUACUGUAUGUGAGCAAUCAGAGUUUAUGGUGAUGAAAUUAAAGCCUUCUUAUAUGUUUAA